AUGCGUAUAACGGGUUUGUCAUCCAUGCUUCCGUUCUACUUCGCAACUAUAUAUAUUCGUGCCGACUACCAUGCUGUUUAUAGUACUAUUUACUCUAAUUAUCAUGAAAGCAGCAGAUUGUGUUUCAAUAAUGAUGACAGUGAUUUGAUGCCUGAUUUAAGUCGAUAUAGACGCUUCUCUCUGUUCCAGUGA